AUGCGAGGCUUUCUAGCAGAAGAAGUUCCGACCAGAGACGAAUCUAAUACAAAUCUAUAUCGUCGAUCGAUUCGUACGAUCGACGAUAAUUUUAUUGACGAAACUCAACCUAUCACUCAACGGACUACUCCUACAACAGCAGGAUCGGGUAUUCGUUGUCCGUAUAUUCGUUUUCCUCGUUGGUGUUUUUGGCUUUGGUUGUUACUUCUCCUUGCACUGCUUGCCACUGUUCUUGGCGUUGGCAUAGGUUUAGGAACACGAAAAAGAUCAAUCUAUGAGAGUUGCUCAUCACAAUCAAUUUGUAUGAAUAAUGCUGUUUGCACGGGUGGUUAUUGUUUAUGUAGUACAGGAUAUUUUUAUGAUAGUACACUUGGCUUGUGUAUUACAGAAGUAGGCAUUGGUCGUUCGUGUUCAGCUGAUAAUCAAUGUUUUACAAAUGCGUUGUGUACCAAUGGAAUUUGCCGAUGUAUAACAAAUUAUUAUCCAAGUCCAACAACAGGACGAUGUGCCCUGGACAAAACCUAUGGACAAUCAUGCACAUAUGAUGUUGAAUGCGCUUUUACAUUUGAAUGCAUUUCAGGUGUAUGCACAUGUAAUUCAACUGGGUAUUAUAGUGCAUUAACAUUGCAAUGUGAAAAAUUAGGUGAACCUAAUGAAGAUACUUGUUAUGCAGAUAGCAAUUGUAUAAGUACGGCUGUAUGUAUUGGUGGAGUUUGUCGAUGUCCAACCGAGUGGUAUUACAAUGUCAACACAGAUACAUGUGAUCGGGCGAAACAUGUUGGCAACGUAUGUACCGCGUCUUAUCAAUGUAUGACAAAUGCCCAUUGUAUUAAUGUUACUGGUACUCUGAUAUGCCAAUGUAUAGGUGGCACAACAUAUUCAAUUUUCUACGGAGGAUGUAUAACACCAAGAACAUACAAUGAAUCGUGUUCGCUAACAGCCGAUUGUAUUAAUAAUCUAAUAUGUACAAGUGUCAAUGGCGUAUCUUAUUGUUUAUGUGGAACCGAUACUCGAUAUUAUUAUACAUUAAAUCAAACAUGCCUAAACAAAGUUCUAUAUAAUCAAUCAUGUUCAUCGUUUGGUCCGUAUUGUGAUGAUAUUAUAUUAUUGCAAUGUACAACAUCUGGAAUUUGUUUAUGUCCAUCAGCAUAUUACUAUUCAACAGCAUCAGCUCGUUGCAAAUCACGACUUUAUCCGGGCGAUACCUGUACGGUUGCUGAAUCACCUUGCAUAACAAAUGCCAAUUGUAUUAAUGUUGCUAGUACACUUCGAUGUCAAUGCACAAACGGAUCUUAUUACUAUGAUAUUACAACAGCGCAAUGUGCAGCAUUAAAAUCAUAUGGAGCAGUUUGUACUGAACAGGAACAAUGCGCAACAGGAUUAUAUUGUGUAUCAAGUAUUUGUCAAUGUCUAACAUCGCAGUAUUAUACUGGAAGUACAUGUUUAACACGUGCUACACAUAAUGCAGCUUGCAAUUCAGUGUCCGGACCUUACUGUGAUACAACCGCAGGUCUUUCAUGUAGUGCAACAACAUCAUUGUGUGUUUGUCCAACGUAUUACUAUUGGAAUACUACACAGUGUGUACAGCAGAAAUAUCUAUACGAUUCUUGUACAGCAACUACUCAAUGUCCCACAAAUGGACAAUGUAGUGGAUUGGGUAUUUGUCAAUGUACAGCAACGACGUAUUACAAUGCAACUUUAAAUAGUUGUAUAACUUAUUCAACAUACGGACAAACAUGUCUUGCCAAUAUAUUUGUUACAAGUGAAUGUUCAUCAGCACUAAGUCUUACUUGCUCAUCAACGACAAGCGGGUUAUGUCAAUGUAGUUCCAAUGCUUUUUAUAAUUCUACAGGAGCUACUUGUACGACAAAAUCAACGGUAUUAGCAACGUGCUCGACGAGUUCGACAUGUAAUGACCUUGUUGGACUUGUUUGUACAUCGUCUGUAUGUUCAUGUGCAACAGGCACUUAUUGGAGUGGUACUGCUUGCAUUGGAACAUUAGGCGCAGGUCAAGCGUGUACAGUUGCCAGUAGUGAAUGUUCGAGUCCACUGACUUGUCCGGCUGGAACCUGUACUUGUCCCGCUACAUACUAUCUUGAUAUCGUUACUGUUAAUUGUAUUCUGAAGAAAGCAAGUAGUGUGGCAUGUACUUAUGGCUUUGAAUGUACUAGUGGAACAUGUACUAAUUAUUUUUGUGCUUGA